GUAUGCAGCGCAGUGCGACGAGCUCGACGCGCGACGGGAGCUGAUGGCGGCCGGGCUGGCGGAGGGUCUCACCGAGGAGGCGGGGAAGGCUCCAGGCAGAGCGAGGAGGCCCCGGUGGCACCGAGGCAACCAACCAGAAGCCCACCGCGAGGCCAAAUGGAGCGUGGGGAUCGCCUCUCGGCUGCCAACUUGUCUCCACCUGCUGUCGUGUCCCCCUGUGUGGCGCUUGAAGGAUUUCGCCAGUUAGCGGUGUAGCUUGCGACUUCUGUGCUAUCAAAACAUGAACAGGCUAACAACUCAAGACGAUUCUUCUCUCAGUUAGUGGCUAUUAGCUAGCUGAGUACUGGGGGCCUAAGGGCAGAAUUGACUUGCAGUAGCAAUAAUGGACCAAAAAAUAUCAGCCUAUUUCGUCAUUGGCUAGCAGGUGGUUAGCACAAGCAGCUAGCGGUGGCGCGGGACUAGGGGAGAGGGCGGCGCAGGGGUGCGAUGGAGUACCACUCCAGUGGUAGCCUGCCCCUGCUGGGGAGACCGCGCUACUGCCCUGGUGCCAACGCUAACGGCGGCUACCUGUGUGAGACGGGCCACUGCUGCGGCGAGACGGGCUGCUGCACGUACUACUAUGAGCUUUGGUGGUUCUGGCUGCUGUGGACGGCCCUCAUUAUGUUCAGCUGCUGUUGUGCGUACCGCCACCGGCGAGCCAAAGUGCGAGCGCAACAGCAGCAGCGGCGCCAGCGAGAGAUCAGCCUGCUAGCUUACCAGGGCACCGCCUCCUACCCGUCCUCCAUGCUGGACCUCAGUUUCCUGGCGUCGCUCAAGCUGCCGUCGUACGAGGAAGUGGCGGCGCAGCCCUCCACUCCGCCGCCCCCCUACAGCUCUGUAUUCACCGCGCCGCGAUACCCGCAGCCCCCCCGCACUGCCGACCCCCACCUGCUCAUGCAGCACGACCCGCUGCUGCACCGCCCGCUCAGCGGCCCCUCCUCACUCAGCUCGGAUAACAGCUCCAGCUGCUCCUGUGACUCCUGCUGCCCCUCCUCUCCGUGUAGCUCCUCCCCCUCCGCACCCCUGACUUAUGAGACAGACACAAGCCACGCUUCCACACCCAGCGAGGUGGCAUCCCUCCCAUUUGAUGUCGCCGUGGAGACCCCCCCGCAGGCACCUCACUCUCCUGGCUGCGACACUAUGCCAGUCCUCGCCGACACGGCCGCCUCCUCAAAAGUCAGCUCGCCGCCGGCCACCAGUCCGCUCGCAAACCCCAUCCCACCUCUGCUCAUGGGCCAGGAUUCCGCUACCAAGAUGCCGGGGUCACCCGGAUCCGACGGGUGCACAACCCCCUCUCCCCUCGCCCCUCCCUCCACUUCUUUCAUCCCGGAUGCUCCCUCACCCACCCGGUCAACUCAGGCUCCGCCCAAGCAGACGCUUUUCUCACCGUGCGUGGAUGUGUUUGAAGCGGAGCCGCAGGAGGAGGAGAACGAAGACGACGUGGACGCCGACGAGAGCCAAUACCGUCAUCGGAGACUGACGGGCGACUCGGGCAUCGAGGUGUGUCGCUGCCGUGUCCAGGGGCAGGAGGCGCGGGAGGAGGACGGCGAGCCAGAGAGAGGCGCCGGAGAAAAGAACUCUGUUCUCCAUGACAGCGUGGACUGUCCCUCCAAGUGCGCCGCCACACCGUGCCACCCCCCUGAGGAGGUGGGCGAAGUCGUGGUCGUCGUGGACACAGCAUGAUGGACAGAGGCGGUUGUCUCGGCAGAUGAUUGUCAGGCUUGUCUUGAGAUCCCAAAAGAUAGAAAGCUCCAGCCAUCUUCAUUUCUCAUCUGCUUCCCGAUGAGCUGUAUGAUGACACUUCCUUUUUGGGAAGUAGACACAUUCGGUUUGACAUGCCCUUGUCCUGAUUGGACACGGACACCUCCCGAUUGGACGUGGACAUCACCUGGUUGUCUGAGCAACCUGCCGAUUGGACAUUGGGGCAUUGUGUUUUAUGCAUAUGCGUCCCUCAUUGGACUUUUGUUUCCGGUUGGGCUUGUAUGUACAUAAUCUGAUUGGACGUGAAUCCACACCGAUUAGACAUGUAUAUUUGUCGGACAAUUUCUGGUUGGACGUGGACCUGAUUGGAAAUGCAUUUUUGGGUGGGGUUGACUUCUAGCUUGACAUGUAGACCCCCAGACUUGACAUGGACACUUCUUGUUUGAACGCAAACGGAUCACUUACGGACUGGACGUGCACUUCCUGAUAGGACAUGUACACUCCAGGUUGGACAUUUCCUCUUUGAACUUCAACACGCACUUCCUCAUUGGACACGUAUAAUCCCUGAUUCAACAUGGACACGGAUACCUCCCGAUUGUACGUCUACACUUCCUGAUUGGUCAUGCACACCUUCUGAUUGGUCAUGCACACUUCCUUAGUGGACAUGGACACUUGCUGAUUUGACAUGAACUCUUCCUGUUUGGACGUAGACACUUCCUGUUGUACCGUUUACUUGACAGACAGGUGAGUGGACAAUAAGACUCCACUUCAACCUUCUUUUCUGUGCUAGAUGUGGUGCUUUUCUUCUUUAGCUGAGGGACUGCAUCUGCAGAGCGCCCUCUGUGGUGGAUUACUGUUAUUACAGCUAGCCAAGUUUGUAGCGCUCUUCUUCUUUCUCACUUUUGUCGCUUUUUACUCUAGUCAGAACACACAACUUGAUUGUAAGUGCUAGCCAGAUGCUAACUCCCCAGGAGCCUAGCGCUAAUCACCAGUAGUGCACAAAGUUUGUCACCCAAAAAAAUGAAUGUUAGCAAGCGUUUGAAAAGGGACACCUAAUCUAUUGUAAAGCCAUUAAAACGGAUGUGUGUUUUUUUUGGCUUCUUGAGUCACAUCACUUGCAUUUGGUUUCCGACUUCUACGCGUCGACGGGUUCAGUUUUUCUCUGCUCGUCGUUAGUUCCUGUUUGUAUCGUGACGAAGCGCUAGCAAGGCCAAUUCUUGGAAAAAUGAUGAUCUUGAAUAUGUGUCUGUGUGUGAGCUGUGCUAAAUAAACGGAUCACGUGUGCAACACAA